AAUGUUUUCUGCACACGAUUGAUCGCUCCAUAGGCGAUGGACUUGCUCAAUCUGUCCUCAAAUUGGAAGAAGUUACAGUCGACCCUUCCAAAACCCAAGCCUAAUCCGUCAUCCGCAAAGACUGCAGCACAAAAUGGCUUGAAGCGCAAACGCGGCCAGUCUUUAGGUACCUCGAAUAGACCCUCCCAGGGCUCGCUACCGAGAAAGAGGGUGCGCAAGGGCAUGUCUCAGAAUAGCACAGUAUCAACCAAGACAGGCUCAAUACGGGACCUGGAGGCAUCCGACGCAGGAGUGCGUCCUCGGCCAGCUGAUCGUGCAGUUUCAGACCAGGUUAACGCAGGACUCUGUACUUCAGUUGAGGUGGGCAGAUAUGUCGCCGUAGAUUGUGAGAUGGUGGGUGUCGGACCACAUCCCGACCGUGAAUCCGCCCUUGCUCGAGUCAGUAUUGUCAAUUACAACGGCGACCAAAUCUACGACUCCUACGUUCUACCUCAAGAAGAUGUCACGGACUGGAGGACACAUGUCAGCGGCGUGGAACCAAAACAUAUGAAAUAUGCCAGGUCUUUUCAAGAGGUGCAAGCGGAUGUGUCAAACAUUAUCAAGGACAGAAUACUCAUUGGCCAUCAUAUACGACACGAUCUCGAUGCUCUGAUGAUCAGCCAUCCUCAGCGUGAUAUCCGCGAUACAGCCCGUCACCAUCCCUACCGCAAGACAACCGGGGGCGGGUAUCCUCGAUUGAAAAUAUUGGCCUCGGAAUUGCUGGGAUUCGAGAUCCAGGAAGGAGAACAUUCCAGCAUCGAGGAUGCUCGUGCCUGUAUGUUGCUCUUUCGGAAGGAUAAGACGGCAUUCGAGAGGGAGCACUCGAAAAGAUGGGCGAAACAAGUAACCACCGCACCGCGCGAAGACAGAAACGCCGAAGGGCAAGACCGAAAGCCAACCAAGAAAAAGAAACCAAAGAAGAAAAAGUGACUGGUAAGACACAAGAGUCCAUCCACGAAUUGAGAUAGUCGCAAGUCAUCUGCAAUGGCUGCAUGGCUGCAGGGGUACGUAAUCCAUCAUCUCCGUCUUCUAUCUCUUAUUACGGCGAUGAUCACAUCACCCUACGCCCUCUUAUUGAGUCCAGCCUCGCAGUAGGUGAAAUGAUACUUGAGCCGGAGCAAUUCAAGGUCACAUUGGCGAAAAGGAUACCGCUCAUCUCUCAUUUCCUUUGGAGAGGCAGGAGCAGUUGAUGAUCGCCAUGCUGAUUGACCUGCAGUUCCGGUAAUGUAGGCGUAAGUGCACCAGCUUGAUGCCUUUCGUCGUAGUCAAUAUAAAAUGCAUACUGCUUGCAGCGAUGUGCUCCGAUGGCAAGUAAGCAUCAACGAUAGAACAUACAAAGCAUCGUCAACAGCUCAUCCAUCAGCCAACCUACUAUUCACAAUCGCAAGUGCGGUCAAAAGGCAAAUACAUAGAGG